AUCUCAUCCAUACAUAUAUAUCUUCCAAGUUGAUCUCAAGCACAAAGGAGAAAAACCAUGGGAGAACACAUUGCUGAUGAUAUCCAAGUUCUUCAUGAAGACCAAUUAGUUGAAGAAGAAGAAGAAGAAGAAGAAGCAGAAGCACUUUCUCUAUGUGACUUUCCCUUGGAUUUAGAAACCAAGAUCAACCCUCGAAAUGAACAGUGGCAUAGUCCGAACCACAUCCGAGCUCGACCCGAAUCCUCCUUCGAGUUUCGCAACGACGAAAAAGGUUCCGAUAUGUGUCCAGCCGAUGAUAUAAUCGCCGGUGGUAAACUCGUUCCUUUCGGAGGAAAAACGACUCACCAUAUCUUACGAAAACGAUCCGAGUCGCUUUCCGACUUACGUAGCAGCGGCAACAGCUCCACCAAAAACAGCGCCGCGCUUCUUAGGAUCAGUCGUUCUUUGGAUUCUCAAAAGCAGAAUCUUCGCCGUUCCGACACGAAGGAGAAAAGCUUCGACCAAUCCGAGGUUUCGCCUAAGAAAGUUGUCAAGCCAAAGUGGUAUGUUUUAGUGUUCGGAUCCGUUAAGUUUCCGCCGGAGAUGGAGCUCAAUGAUAUAAAAAGCCGGCAGUUCCGUCGGAAUCCGUCGGUCAUGUUUUCCGACGACGGGAAAAAGGCGGCUGAUAAUGACAAAUGGGGCUCCGACAAGAGUUCUUCCUGGGGCUUGUUGAAAGCGUUGAGUUGCAGGGAUUAUACUAGCAUUGCUGUAACGUCGUCGUUUUACUUGCCUCAAGCCUGAUAAUUAACACUAAGAUUAAGAAAGUAAUUACGAUUUAUUGCAUUUCUUAUGUUGAUUUUUCCGCAUCUCUAUGUUAUUUUUUAGAGUGGGAGGGUAUUUUAGUAAUUACACUUUGCUUG